UUGGAUCCAGGCGUGGACUAUCUAAUCAAUGCCGACCAACGUAAGGGUUUUAGGUGUAGAAGGAAGGUGUUUGAUGUUUGCUUUGAUAAUGACAUGGCUGGUGGGAAAGUUCUGUUUCUGAUUGUGUUAGGGUGCUCAUCUUUCACGCGCAGACUCUGA